UCAGCUGCGCCUGUGGUUAAUAAUAAAUGGGCUCUCUCAGCCAGAAGCGCCGGCCUGCGCACCCCCAUGCUGCUGCCAGCGCCCCCUCCUCCCGCCUUCUCCCCGGGCUGCCCAGGCACCGCUCCAGUAGCCACCCAGCAUCCCCACGGGAGACGGACGCCCGGAGGACCAUCUGUAUGCACAAGAUGAUUAGGAAGAUAACCUAUAGCCUGGGAAGACAUGCGUCCGCUGCAGCAUGUGGGUCCACCCAGGUGAGAAGAUUUCUGCAUGGUGCUUAUUUCAAGAUUCAGCCCUCAGUACAGGAAGCCCUGAUGGAGGGGAGACCAGUCGUAGCCUUGGAAAGCACCAUCAUUACACAUGGCAUGGCCUAUCCUCAGAAUCUGAGCAUGGCCAGAGAGGUGGAAGAAAUUGUAACAGCAAACGGAGCAGUGCCAGCCACUGUAGGUAUUUUAAAGGGUCAGAUCCAUGUGGGACUCACAGAUGAGGAACUUGAGUUCUUGGCAAGCAGUAAAAAUGUAGUUAAAGUGUCUCGGAGAGAUCUUCCUUUCGUCCUCAGCCAGGGCUUGUCUGGUGGCACUACAGUGUCUGGAACAAUGAUUGCUGCACACAAAGCAGGAAUCCCCGUGUUUGUGACAGGUGGCAUAGGAGGUGUCCAUCGGGGAGGAGAGAACAGUCUGGAUGUGAGUGCUGACUUGACAGAGUUAGGAAGAACUCCGGUUGCUGUUGUAUCUGCAGGAGUCAAGUCUAUCCUUGAUAUUGGCAGGACACUGGAAUAUCUGGAGACUCAGGGAGUCUGCGUAGCUGCCUUUGGAGAGUCAAGGGAGUUCCCAGCCUUCUUCUCACGCCAGAGUGGUUUCCAGGCACCAUAUCAUGUCCGGGAUGAAAAGGAAGCAGCUGAACUCAUUGCCAGUGCUCUGGGGCUAGGCCUGAGCAGCGGGGUGCUGAUAGCCGUGCCCUGUCCCCAGGAGCGAGCUGCCUCAGGCCAGGUGAUUGAAGAGGCCAUCCAACAAGCUCUCAGCGAAGCCAGGUCCAAAGGGAUCACAGGCAAAGAACUAACACCUUUUAUGUUACAGAAGCUCAAUGAAUUAACUGAUGGGAGGUCACUGGACUCCAACCUUGCUCUGAUCCAGAACAAUGCCAGGGUGGGCAGCUGCAUUACAGUGGCCCUGAGCAAACUACAGAAAGCCAGAAGGAAGGGGAACCUGCCUUGGCAAGAGGACACAAUCCCACCUCAACCAGUCGUGAUUGGAGGUAUCAACGUUGACUUUAUAGCCAAGGCACAGAACCCUGUCAUCCUGGGUGGUGGGCAAACAAACGCUGGAAGAGUGAGACGAACCUUUGGCGGUGUUGGAAGAAACUUGGCAGACUGCUUAAGCCGUCUUGGACGGACUCCUCUCUUUUUAUCAGCUGUGGGGAAGGAUGAACAUUCCAAGUCCGUCCUGCACUACUGUCACCACAUGGACAUGAGUGCCGUCCUUCAGCUGGAGGGGAAGAGCACAGCCACUUACUGUGCUGUGAUCACUAGUGCUGGGGAGCUCAGCCUUGGCUUGGGAGAUAUGGACAUCCACCGCCAAAUAACAGAGCAAUACGUGUCCCAGUUCAAGAAGAACCUGUGCCAGGCCCCACUAGUUUGCAUUGAUGGAAAUGUGCCUCUUUCCACUAUUCAGUACAUCUGCCAACUAGCUAGAGAGCAUCAGCUAGCAGUGUGCUAUGAGCCAACAGAUGAGAACAAGGCCUCUAAGCCAUUCCUCUCAGACAGCUGUAAAGCGCUCACAUACAUUUCCCCCAACCUGCAAGAGCUAAGAGCAAUAAAUCGGACCCUCGGGAACCCUCUGCCAGCAGAGCUUCCAUCCAGGUUGGAGGACAUUGUCCAGACUGCAAUGGCCCUGGCCCGCCCAUUGCUGGCCCACCUGUGCUGUGUGGUGGUUACCCUUGGUGCCUGUGGUGUCCUACUGUGUGGCAAGAGCCUGGGAGGGAGCAUCUCGCUUCAUCCAGGAGCUCACAAACAGACUGCUGCUGCCAACCUCUGUGCCACCCACUACCCCGCCAUCCACAUCGGCAGGGAGGAGAUAGUCAACGUCUCAGGAGCCGGUGACAGCUUAAUGGCAGGAAUCCUUGCAGGGAUGCUUGCUAAACAUGACACAGAUACCUGUGUCCGGAUGGGUCUGCUUGCUGCAAGUUUGUCUCUCCGUUCCUAUGAGCCCAUUUCCCCAGAAAUCAGCACUUCCAGUGUCAGCCAGGAGCAAGUCAAGAGCAGGAGCUGGCCAGAGGCAAAGGUAUGGAAGAUGGACUAGAGCACUAUGUCUUUCUCAUCCAUCACCACGUUGCACUCCCAGCAUUGCUAUUUCCAGGAACUGGGCUGUGUUUUGAGCUUUGAGCUCAAAAGCUGGCUGCUGACCAGAGGACUUAGACUUUCAGUGCACGCUACCAUUUGGGAGGUAAAGUGUCAGUGGAGUGCAUUUGGUGACAGCUUGUAUUGCACUGUUCACUUUGUGUUUGUUUUUUUUUUUUUUUUUUUUUUUUUUUUUUUUUAUUUGGUGGGUUACAGCAAAUUGAUUACUUGGUUCUUCUGUCUACUGCCUGUCGAUAGUAUAUCUCAGCCCUCCUCUGACUAAUGGGAACACACAUGGUUUGGUCUUAAGAAACCCUCAGGGAAGGAGGCACCAACCCAGGGAACUUCUUUGUAAAGAAAAGCUGGUUUCUGGUCUUUCAGACCUCCUGCCUCCCUGAACCUCCAGUCCUCCUAGAUUUUCUAUUGAGGGAAUUUUCACUUCCUCCACCUUGUGUCACUGUUGUCCAUUAUCACGAUAGCCCCUCUGUCAUUGACUCCUAGAUCUUCAGGAGCGUGUCUCUUCAGGUGGGCCCAGCAGCAACAUCCCCUAUGGCUGCUUACUGCUGGUUUCUAUCCAAGAUGUCUCAUGGACCACAACCUGUGGCAAGGUGCAGUUGGCAGGCAGUUAACACUGUGGGACAACCUCACUGGUCUUCCCAAGCCAGCAAAUGCUGCAUUUCCACGCUCUCAAGUCCAAUGCCCCGGAGAAAGCAGGCAUGACUUAUCAAAGAGGGGUCAGCUGGUGGCCUUUAAAAGAUGGCUGCUCCUUGUUCCAUACAUUUUCCUCUGAACCUGGGGCUUCCUUCUUCCUCCACACAGAGUGUUGAGUCUAAAACAAAAGAUAGCAAGCUUCUCUUGCCACACCUCCGUUAAUGACCACUUGGCAAACCACUGGGUACUUGCCAGAGAAAACUUCCCGCACUUGGCUGGCUGGUGGAGCACUGGCAGGCAUGUGACCCUAACAGAGCACUGCAUGCUGGGGCCAAAACGCUCAGUCACACCUUCCCUUCCCUCCAGAACAAGAGUCCCCUGGCACCAUCACAAAAGCUCAGGCUGAGGAUAUUGUUUCCAGGGAGGCAGGGAAGCACAGCCCUUGUUUACAGGUGGACAUGCAAGAUGUGUGGCUCAAAUGAAUCUGCCAACUUCUCAGUGAGUCCAUUGCAAAUACAGAAACAGAGGCAGAGCUUCCUUGAUCCUGUUCAACCUAGUGCUGCACAGUUAUCCCUCUACCUUUAACUCUUCCAGCAUCUUUAUUAGCAAGGACAUCUACACUUAGAUCAAUUUUAUACAAAUUAAGUCUGGUCCACAGCCUUUUGAAAAUAUGUAGCCAGCUUGGCUAAGGAAAUCAACUUCUCACUCUUCUGUUGUGUAACUUAUCACCCAGAGACACCUAUUCUAGGUAUCUUCCAGCCCCUGAGCAACUACAUUUGAGGGUGGGAAGACACCAGCUCUGCCUGCAUUUUUGUGGUGUUAUGGAGGACCCUUGGUGGCUGAUGAGGGAUGGCAGUGGUUGAGUGGCAGGAGAGCUCUGUGUGGGUCUCACGGGGACGGUUGCUGGCUCACAGCGGCAGAGCCAUUCCCACAUCAGCGGUAAGAAGUCCAGUGGCCACAUGAACUCAUGUCUGGUCCACAGCAUCCACUGUGCAAUGAAAAACACCACAGUGAUGUCUGGGAGAGAGGAGGACAGAGAGGGUCCAGCACAGGCUUCAGGUGCAGUGUCUGCAAAACAGUCUCCCUCUCCCCUACAGCCUUACACUAGCUGCAGUGUCCAAGCUCAUCAUCACAACAAUGACGCAUAAAAAUAUCCAUGUUUUGCUAGUACACCUUUGCUGUCUAUACAGAAAAUAAUAGCACCAGAUGUGUAGAAAUCAGCUCUCUGGUCUUCUGCAUGGUCUCCUGCCUUCCUUUUGCUCUCACCUGGAGGGUGGGCUGGCAACUCACUACACCCUCCAGAGUCCUUCUUUACACCAGGAGGAUGCAGCGCAGCAGCCAGGACCACAGACACUUUUCACACAGGAAAACUGGCCUCGGAGCAGCCAGCGGUGGUGGAGGCUGUGGUGUGACUGAUGCCCAUCCUGAUCAAUGCUUUGAUUCAGAGCUAUCCACAGCUGGAAACCAUGACUGCAUCCUACCCAAAUGCUGUGUCUGAAGCAAGCAUUGUCAGCCCUUCCUCAGCAGACACACAGAACAAUUUUGAAUGAAAAGCAACUCUUCUCCAACCCCAUGCAUGUGCAAACAUUGCUCUUUGGUGUAUGAGAAGACAGGACUCAGCAGAAAAAGACUCUGGGGGUGACCCCCCUACUAGUAAGUGGGGCUGAGGGGAAGGGGAUAGUGCCCAUGCUCAGGAUUGACUUUCGUCCAAGAGGGUGCUGACAGGGAAGUUGUGAUGUGGUGGAGGGUGCCAUCCCUUCUCCGUCCAAGAGAGAUGCCAAAUACAGGCAAGUAUUAAGGAUCAAGGGCAUCUCCUGUGGAAGCAAUGUGGAAAAGUCACCUCCUCUCUCCCAGCACAUGACAUGCACAGGAUGCAACUGUGGGCGCCAACAGUUCA